AUGAUGAAAUCAAAAGUUUUGAGUGGAUCAGCGAAAAGAAAGAAGAAAGAGCAGCAAACAAAAAAUAUUUUACUAACUAAUAAAAAAAUCAACAAUUUAUUUAGAUGCAUUCGACCUGAAGCCAAUGGUUCAGCUGAGAGCCAGAGUGACAUUACGCCACAAGAAAAUUUGUUGGACAUCAGCACAAAUUGUGGAAUUGAAGAAAAAUUAACUGAAGAAGCCAAUGGUUCAGCUGAGAGCCAGAGUGACAUUACGCCACAAGAAAAUGUGUUGGACAUCAGCACAAAUUGUGGAAUUGAAGAAAAAUUAACUGAAGAAGCCAAUGGUUCAGCUGAGAGCCAGAGUGACAUUACGCCACAUGACAAUUUGUUGAACAUCAGCACAAAUUGUGGAAUUGAAGAAAAAUUAACUGAAGAAGCCAAUGGUUCAGCUGAGAUCCAGAGUGAUAUUGCGCCACGUGACAAUUUGUUGGACAUUGGCGCAAACUUUGAAAUUGAAGAAAAAUUAACUGAAGAUAAUAUGGUAAAAGUUAAUAUUGAAGAAACAACUACUGAACUGAACAGUGUAGAUUGGAAUUUAUACAAAGAUCCUUUUUUCUGGCCAAAAAACAUGCCAAAAUCUUUUAUUGAGUGCUGUAUAGAAAAAGGACCUGAUUAUUUUCAAAAUUUGAACUCUGAUUUUAUAAAUUCAAAACGUUCAGAUAAGAACUUCAACAGACACUUAACACUAGCAAUGUUUACUCGAUCUUUACCCAAUGGACAAAAAUGUAAUAGGAAAUGGCUUCUAUAUUCACCUAGUGAAGGAUCUGUAUAUUGUUUUGUUUGUAAAUUGUAUGGAAGCAAUCGAGAGAGUCCCUUUAUUUCUGGUGGUUUUGACAAAUGGAAAAAAUCUGAACGAAUUGGCGAACAUGAAAAUAGUCUUCAACACAGAAAUGCUACCAAUAAGUGGUUAUUAAGAUCUAAUACCAACAAUUCAGUUAAUAAAGAAUUAUGUAGUCAAAUUUCUGCUGAAACGAAUUAUUGGUUUGAAGUAUUGAAGAGACUUGUAUCUGUCAUUACAUUUUUAUCGUCUAGAGGCCUUGCUUUUCGAGGAAAGGAAGAAAAGUUAAAUAGUCAACACAAUGGAAAUUAUCUUGGCCUAUUAGAACUUAUUUCAGAAUAUGAUCCUUUCUUAAAGGCUCAUAUUGAACAGUAUGGAAAUCAAGGAAAAGGCAACCCAUCAUACCUUUCAAAAACCGUUUGUAAUGAAUUGAUGACAAUAAUGAAAAAUAGUUUAUCUACUUUUAUUAUUAAUGAAAUAAAAGAAUGUAAAUAUUUUUCGAUAAUUAUGGAUUCAACUCCAGAUUUGACAAAAGUUGAUCAAAUGGCCAUUAUUCUUCGUUACUGCACAUUAACAGGUGUGGAAGAAAGACUUUUAGGAUUAUUUCCCAUUAAAGACCAUCAAGGCCAAUCUAUGUACAAGGUAUUAGAUGACUUUCUUGAAAAAAGUGAAUUAGACAUCAUGAACAUUAGGGGUCAAUCUUAUGACAAUGCCUCAAACAUGAGUGGUCAAUUUAAAGGGCUUCAAGCUUAUGUCAAAAAUAAAAAUCCAUUAGCUGUGUUUAUACCUUGUACAGCUCAUUCGUUAAAUCUAGUUGGAGUAAAUAGUGUAAAUUGUUGUACUGAAGCUGUCCAUUUUUUUGAUUUUGUACAAAAAUUGUAUAACUUCUUUAGUGGGUCAACUCACAGGUGGAAUGUACUUAUUAACAUAUUGAAAAAAGAAGAAAAAAAUAGUGUCAAAGGAAAUUCUAGUCGACUUCUUACACUUAAAUCCUUAAGUGACACUAGGUGGUCUUGUCAUGCAGAAGCUUGUAAAGCAAUAGUUGUAAAUUAUAAACAAAUUUUGACUGCUUUAAAAAGUAUGUAUGAUGGCGAAGAAAAUAAUGUUACAACUUUAGAUGCUAAAUCGUUAUGGAAGAAAAUGGUAAAAAGAGAAACUGCAUACAUGUCAUUACUUUGGAAUGACAUCAUGGAAAGAAGUAACAAAACGUCAACUAAAUUACAACAUUCAAACUGUGACACAAUGAAGGCGAUCAACUUAUUAAAAUCACUGAAGUGUUAUGUGUUAAGUUUACGGGACUCAAAUUCAAUUUACGAAGAAAAAAUACCUAAUCUUAGUCCUGAAAUUACCAUUUACUACUCAGAUGAAAAGCAAAGAAAAAAAAUUAAAAAAUUCCCUGAUGGUAGCAUAAAUGAAGAAGUAUUAAAAGGAAAAAACAAAUUUCGUGUACAGACACAUAUAUUUAUUAUUGAUAAAUUUGUGUCAGAAUUAAACAAAAGAAUUUCCGCUUAUGAAUAUAUUGGUGAUCAUUUUUUAUUUAUAACACACUUAACUCAAGAAUCUAAUGAAACAAUUGAUUUGAGUGUCUCAACAUUUAUUUCAAAAUAUAAAAAUGAUGUAGAUAUUACUUUACAGAAUGAACUUGUACAAUUUAAAGAAUACUGGAAGCUUUGUCAACCUUCUUUUGAUCCAGCUGACAUUUCCCAAUUAUUUUCCUGGUUUGGUAAUCAAUCACUCGAAGAGGUAUUUCCUUGUUUAUUUACUACAUUAAAAAUAUAUUUGACAAUUCCUGUUGCUAAUUGUUCUGCGGAGAGAGCUUUCUCCAAAUUAACAAGAAUUAAAAAUAAAUAUAGAACUAGUCAAACACAAGAAAACUUAGAUAUACAAAUGAUUUUAUAUUCUGAGAAUGAUUUGUUAAAAUCAUUAGACUUAAAUGAUGUACUAAAAGAGUUGGCUUCAAGUAAAGCAAGAAAAAAAAAGUUUAAUUAA